AACUGAACUAAUCCAAAAUCACACUGCCAAAACUCAUCUUCAAAAGUCCCAAACAACUUAACAUGCGAUAUGUGUUAUCCUUGUAAAGAAGUCGAAAGAAAACAAAGCAGACGAUUUAAAGCGCAAGAGAAGUUUUAAUCGCUAAGGGGGAGAACUCACUCUUUCGUUGAAGACUUUGCCUCCAUCAUCAAUCAACCCUCUCCUUUUUCUUGCCUCUCACCAACAUCUCUGCUUCUCAGAAAAAAGGAGAAAUUUGAGAUUGCAAGUGAGAAAUUGUGUUCUUAGCAUUGAGCAACAGUUAAAUAUGUCAUUGGAGGGAAACAAAGAUGAUAUCUGUGAAGUGAAUAGGAAUUUGUUUCCUCAUAUAGAGCCUUAUAGUUCUGGAUUCUUGAAGGUUUCUGAUGUUCAUACCAUUUACUGGGAACAGUCUGGAAACCCAGAUGGGCAUCCAGUUCUCUUUCUUCAUGGCGGUCCAGGUGGUGGAACUUCUCCUAGUAAUAGGAAAUUUUUCGAUCCUGAGUUUUACAGAAUAAUCCUCUUUGAUCAGAGAGGUGCUGGCAAGAGCACACCUCAUGCUUGUCUGGAGGGAAAUACAACAUGGGAUCUCAUUGCAGACAUAGAAAAGCUUCGUGAGCACUUGGAAGUUCCUGAAUGGCAGGUGUUUGGCGGCUCGUGGGGAAGUACUCUGGCGCUUGCAUACAGUCAGUCACACCCUGAUAAGGUCACUGGCCUGGUACUUAGAGGGAUUUUUCUCUUGCGGAAGAAAGAAAUUGAUUGGUUCUAUGAAGGGGGUGCUGCUGCUAUAUUUCCAGAUGCUUGGGAACCAUUUAGAGAUCUAAUUCCUGAAAGUGAGAGGGGGUGUUUUCUUGAUGCUUACCACAAGAGGUUAAAUUCUGAUGAUAAGGAGACACAGCUAGCGGCUGCAAAAGCAUGGACCAUGUGGGAGAUGAUGACAGCUCAUCUUAUUCCUAAUGAAGAAAACAUCAAGCGAGGAGAUGAUAAUAAUUUUUCGCUGGCAUUCGCUCGAGUAGAAAACCAUUACUUUGUGAAUAAAGGUUUCUUACCCUCUGAUUCAUUCUUGUUGGAUAACAUCGACAAAAUAAGGCACAUUAAGUGUACUAUUGUGCAGGGUAGAUAUGAUGUUGUCUGCCCAAUGAUGUCAGCAUGGGAUCUCCAUAAAGCUUGGCCAGAAGCUGACUUCAAGGUAGUCCUGAAUGCGGGACAUUCUGCCAAUGAACCUGGAAUAUCUGCUGAACUUGUGGCUGCGAAUGAGACGCUAAAAAAGCAUUAUCAAGGCAAAUAACUUGGAUCGAGUACCCGAGAUUUCACACGAGAUACAAUUUCCCUGCAGAAAGAUUCAGUGAAGUUUGUUUACCUAAUCUCCAUGUUUCACAAAACAAAGACUAAGCAUGUCUUACUUGUUCUAUGGAGAACAAAAUCAUCAUUUUUCAUCUAUUAGACCAACUCCCAGAUAAAUGUAUAGGAUUCUGAGUUAUGUACUCACCUCUGAGGCCCUUGUUUCUGCAAGAGAGGAGUUUUAGUAGUUUCACAGCUUUUCUGUGACUUCGGCUUUACUUCUUUUAAAGACUUGUAUCUGCUUUUGAUUGGUCUCUGAAAUGCCAGAUUACAAGAAAACUUGUUUAAAAUUGGAUACACAUGAAAACUCUCUCUUGAAAACAAGUACUGUUUCAAUGUUAAUAGGAUUAAACUUACAAUUUGAUCCUUUUUUAAA